GCUUGUCGCGAUUAUAAAAAACCGUCGUUGAUUCUGUAUCAGGUGAAAUGUGAAGAAACUCCUCUUUAUUAGCUUCAGAUUAAAGCUUCCGUUUGGGUUUAGGUAUCACUUAGAGCAGUCCACUCGUGACCUUCGACCCCAGAGCGGGUGGCCUGCGGUGACGUCAUUGGUGGGCUCUCCUUGUCAAUGAGGAGGUGCUGGAUGUCUUAAAAUGCGAAAAGUGGAUAAAUCCCCAGGACCUGAACAGGUGUACCCUAGAACUCCGUGGGAAGCUAGGGAUGUCAUUGCUGAGAUAUUUGGAUCUUUGAUAGUCACAGAUGACAUGCCAAAAGACUGGAGGUUUUCUGAUGUGGUGCCACCAUUUAAGAAAGUUCUGAGCACCAAGCAGUUUAGUUCUUUGUAAUCCAUUUGAUGUUAGCAAUACUGAUGAAGUGUGAGAAAUGAAAGUCCUUUUGCUUAAAGAUCCCAAAGAAGGAUUAUUGGAACCUGAUCCAUAUGUUCAAGAGUUUACUACACACGGCCUUCAAGCAACUUUAAUUCCGGUUUUGUCAUUUGAAUUUAUAUCACUUCAGGAAUUAACAAAAAAGCUUUCACAUCCUGAAGUUUAUGGUGGUCUGAUAUUUACCAGUCCCAGAGCUGGUGAGGCUGUGACAUUAUGUUUGGGUGAAAAGGCUUUUAGAGAAGAAUGGAAUAAUAACCUCUUAAAAGACAAGUGGAAUGAAAAAUCUAUCUAUGUUGUAGGAAAAUCUACAGCCAAUUUGGUAAAGGAAAUUGGUCUUGUAACACAAGGAGAAGACUCAGGAAAUGCAGAAAAACUAGCUGAACACAUCUGUAACAAAGAAUCUUCAAAUUCCCUGCCUCUUCUGUUUCCUUGUGGUGCUCUAAAAAGAGAGAUACUUCCCAGAUGUCUAAGAGAAAAAGGUGUUCCAUUGGAAACUUUAACUGUCUAUAAAACGUCUCAGCACCCUUGCUUCCAGCAAGCUUUGGAUGAUUAUUUUUCAGAACAGGGAAUCCCAGAUAUCAUCACCUUUUUCAGUCCUUCCGGUGUUAAAUUUUGUCUGAAUACUAUCAAAAAAUUGGCAGGGGACCUCUUUGACACAAUUAAGUUUGCAGCAAUAGGACCAACAACAGCUGAUGCCAUGGCAACACAGGGACUGACUGUGAGUUGUACCUCAGAAAAACCUACAGCUCAAGAUCUAGCAGCUAGUAUAAGAAAACUGCUAUAAAAAAGUGACAAGUACAUAACAGCAAAACAUUGUUUCUUUUUCUUUAAUGGCUAAAAUGUUUGCUUAGUUAACAUGUGUUUUUUUAGAUUCUGUUUAAAUUGUAACCUUGUUUCCUAUCAUUGUAAAAUUACUUUAAAUCAGGAAAUUUCUCUUUAAUUAGUCUAUUUCUGUAACAUGAUUUUCUAAAAUAUAUUUGUGAAUCCCAGGAAAUUGCAUGUUCCUUAGUCAGACUGAGACAAAAAUGUAAGAAAUCUCUUUAUAAGGUAGUAUCUCAUUUACGGUACACAAUCAUUUUUUAUAUAUCUUUCCCAUAGGUUUUGAGAAAUCUUGAUUUUUUUUCACAUUAAUGUGAAAGUCUAGCAGUGCUGUAAUGUAAACAACAAAAUAUUGGAUUCUAAUCUUUACAAUCAUUUUUAUGAUAAGAAGAAUAAUUUUGGAGCAGUGGGGAUUGGACUUUGGGAAGUAUGUUUGCACCAUCCCAUUAAAAUGUUUAUUAUUCAGGUUGAUGAUAACAUAUUUAAAUUAUACAUAUUCUUUCAGCCUAUAAGGUCUAUGAUUUGAGACUCAGGGCAGAAUUUAUUCACUAAUGGGAUUUGGAUAUUGCUGACGAAGCCAGCAUUUAUUGCUCAGAGGGCAGUUAGGGUCAAUUAUAUUUGUUAUGGGUCUGGAGUCAUUUGUAGACCAGACCAGGGAAGAAUGAAAUGACAGACUUACAUCCCUAAAGGACUUUCGUGAACCAGAAUUUUUUUUUAAAUGACAAUCGACUGUGGUUACAUAGUUGUCAUUAGGCUAGCUUUAUAUUCUGGAUUGCUGUUGAGUUCUGUUUUCACCAGCUGCUAUUUCAGGAUUCAAACACAUGUCCACAAGGCUUUUGCCUGUGGUUUUGAAUUACUAGUCCAGUAACAUUACCACCAGACCAUCACCUGCCCUCUGUACAAGAUUUGCUCAGUUGUAUUCAAUUCGGUGACCUUUUUUUUCAUAAAUAUAACUGAUAAAAAUUAUGUUUUGUUCCCACUUUGCCUCUGUUUUGUCUUUGGAAUGGCAGUCAGAGCAAAGAUGACUUGGGUUAUUACAUUUCAAUAAACUUUCUGAGCUGAAUCUAAACUCUAAAUAAGAUUGUGGUCUUAUUUACCAUUCAUUUCUGCAAUGUCCUGUAGAUUGGUGAAUGACAAAGUCUAGUGUCCAACCAGGAUCUUGUAUAUUUUAAAAAGCUGAUUUGAUUUUUUGAAUCUAAUAUUGUAGUUUAUUGUUUGCAAUGUGUUAUUUAUUUUAUCAAACCAGAGCAAUACCUAACAUUGUUUAAUAUUGUUUGGUCUUUAAAAGGACAACAAGAACUCAGGCUAGGGGCUGCACUGAACUGAUGAAUUUCUGCAUGUCAAUAAUUGAGAGAACAAAGGCUUUUAAAACAAUCCAUGACUUGAACAUAUUGGUUAGAAAUUGGGAACUCUGUAUUCAAGUGAAAUAUUCAUUUGCUUUUGUUCAAUGAACCAGAUUUAUAACUUACAGAACCAAUAUCUAGUUUGUCAAUGUUCAUCAGAAAAAAGAAGCAUGAAGUGCAUCCUGAAUGCUUAACAAUGAUCCAGAAGGUGCACUGGGGAGAACCGAGAGUUUUUACUUUUGUUCCUCCAGUGAAACUGACUACUCCUUUUAAGAUUAGAUUACCUACAGUGUGGAAACAGGCGCUUUGGCCCAACAAGUCCACACCGACCCUCCCAAGAGUAACCCACCCAGUCCCAUUUCCCUCUGACUAAUGCACCAAACACUAUGGGCAGUUUAGCAUGGCCAAUUCACCUGACCUGCACAUCUUUGGACUGUGGGAGGAAACCGGAGCACCUGGAGGAAACCCACACAGACACAGGGAGAAUGUGCAAACUCCACACAGAUAGUCGACCAAGACUGGAAUUGAACCUGGGACCCUGGUGCUAUGAGGCAGCAGUGCUAACCACUAAGCCACUGUGCCGCACAUUAAAGUACAGAAUAAUGCAGGAAAACAGAAGAUUCCGUGUCACUUCAAUGGGCUCAUUUUGGCAUUAUUUCCCAACUGUAAUCAGUGAGAAAUUUUACAAAUUAACAAAAUGUGGGAAAAGAUUUGCUAACCCACGCUAGGCCCACAAAAACAAAAUUGGCCAAACUGUACCAGAACAUCCAGAAUUCCUGAGCAGCUCACAAGCUGAGUCAUAUAACACGCAGAUAAGGCAAUACACUUUAAGCUCCCAUGGACAUGACAGAGAACCACAGAUAUCUCAAAGCCCCAAGGGCAGUUUCACAACCCAGCAAGACCCAAGCCACACAAAGAGCAGAACAAACAGGCACCAGUAAGGACAUGCUCCAGGAACAGGACAAUGGAAGUACCUCACCACUUCAGAAGAGACAUUGACACCUGUGAAGAUGAAUGGAACCAUGGUACUGUCAGAAUGUUGCAUUGUGUGAAGGAACAGGACACUCAUCCGAUAAACUGUUUUCCAAUUAGCAUCCUUGCAACUAAAUUACUCCAUUUCCAGAAAUAUUAUAGUUUCCCAUUUCUUAAUCAGUGUCAUUGUGCAGAAUUACUAUAAAACUGGUCUCAUCCUCAGUUCUGUGAGGAGAAAUCUGAUCUACCUGUGUAGACUGUCAGUUCUGUGUCAGCCUAGUCAAUUUCUCUUCCAACGACAUCGCUUGCAAUAAACUGGUUGACAAUUUCA